AUGGCGUGGGCUCAAACGGUUGACAUCACGGUCAAUGGGAAGAUUGCUCGUGCGUUGGUCGACACCGGUGCGGAGGUCAAUGUUAUGACCAAGACGGCAGCAAAGAGGUUGGGGUUGCAAUAUACUGCAAGCAACGCCCAAAUCAGAACUGUCAACGCAUCACCGACUCCCAUAGUUGGAGUAGCGCACGGCGUGAACAUCAUGGUAGGCGAUUGGCAAGGGAAAACCAAGUUCAUCGUCGCCCCCAUCAAUAUGUUUGAUGUUAUUCUUGGACAGAAGUUCUUCCAGCAGCGCCAUGCAGUAAUCGAUCCUCAUCUCGAAAAGUUGACAAUCAUGGAGAAAGGAAGGGAACAUACAGUUCCCAUGGUGAAGGCGCAGGCAACGGAGGGACAGGCUAGGCUGAGAGACAUGAAGCUCGAAAGGGUCGACGUGAGAAGAAGGUUAACACCAGCAGCGACCAUUGCAAGUUCGAGAGAAGACAAUGGUGCUGGAAAGUCCAUGCCACCGGCAGUGAGAGGGUUCCGAGUAGGAACGCUGACAUGA